ACAAAUUAUAAUGUAACAAUGUGUCUCGCAAACAUCCGCUGGAGCUUGCAGGAUUAUGAAAGCAUGACUAACCACCACAUUUUAACUGCGCCAGCGGAUAGAGACGGGCAGAUGGCUUUAGUUGCAUGGCUUAUUUAGGACCGCGGCUGGGAGCGUCACGCAGCACUCUCCCCGUCGUGUCCGUGAUCAGACUCCUCGCUUCGUAUGGGAUGGACCGUAUGGGUCUGGCGAUGAGUCGUUCUCCGCUGGAGCGGCUCGACUUCGACAAUGUCGCCCUCAAGAAACUUCCCUUGGACACAUCCGAGGAGCCGGGGGUGCGGCAGGUGAAAGGAGCGUGUUUCUCCCGGGUGAAGCCGCAGCCGCUGACCAAUCCCCGGUUCGUGGCUGUGUCUCAUGAAGCCCUGGCGCUGCUGGGGCUCAACGGGGAGGAGGUCAUGAACGAUCCGCUCGGGCCAGAGUAUCUCAGCGGGUCCAAAGUUAUGCCCGGAUCCGAGCCCGCUGCUCACUGCUACUGCGGGCACCAGUUCGGCCAGUUUGCCGGGCAGCUGGGCGACGGGGCGGCCUGCUAUCUCGGGGAAGUGAAGGUUCCACCCGGCCAAGAUCCCGUACUACUGCGGGAAAACCCGAGCGGACGCUGGGAGAUUCAGGUGAAAGGUGCUGGACUGACUCCUUAUUCCAGACAAGCUGAUGGUCGAAAAGUCCUGCGCUCCAGCAUAAGAGAGUUCCUGUGCAGUGAGGUGAUGUUUUUCCUGGGUGUUCCCACCACAAGAGCAGGCUCCAUAGUGACCUCGGACAGCAGGGUCAUGCGAGAUGUGUACUACAGCGGGCACCCUCGCCACGAGAGAUGCUCCGUGGUCCUCCGUAUUGCUCCCACCUUCCUCAGGUUUGGAUCCUUUGAGAUCUUCAAGAAGGCCGAUGAGUUCACGGGCCGUCAGGGUCCCAGCUAUGGACGUGAUGAAAUCCGAGGUCAGAUGAUGGAUUAUGUCAUUGAGAUGUUUUACCCCGAGAUUCAGCAGAAUUACCCAGAUAGGGUGGAGAGGAACGUGGCUUUCUUCAGAGAGGUGAUGGUCCGUACGGCUCGACUCGUGGCUCAGUGGCAGUGUGUAGGUUUCUGCCACGGAGUCCUGAACACAGACAACAUGAGCAUCCUGGGACUCACGCUGGACUAUGGUCCAUAUGGCUUUAUGGACAGGUUUGAUCCAGACUUCAUUUGCAAUGCCUCCGACAACUCUGGACGAUAUUCCUACCAGGCCCAGCCAGCUGUCUGCAGGUGGAACCUCGUGAAACUAGCAGAGGCUCUCGCCCCAGAGCUGCCACCAGACCGGGCAGAGGCCGUCAUGGAUGAGUACAUGGAUCUUUAUAACGGCUUCUACCUCGAGAGCAUGAGGAAGAAGCUUGGCUUACUGAAGAAAAACGAGCCUGAGGAUGAGAUCCUGAUCACUGAGCUGAUGCAGACUAUGCACAACACAGGUGCUGACUUCACCAACACCUUCCGCAGUUUGAGUCAGAUUUCCUGUCCUACUGAGGGAGAAAGUGAAGGAGAGGAGGACCAUGUCAAGAAAUCCAUAGACCUCCUACUGGAGCAGUGUGCCUCCUUAGAGGAGCUCAAGGCCGCCAACAAACCCACUAUGGAUCCACGUGAGCUGGCGAUGCUGCUCUCGAUGGCUCAGAGCAACCCGGCGCUGUUCCAGAUGAUCUCAGACAGGGCAACAAUUGCAAGGCAGUUGGAUAGACUGAGCAAACUGAAAGACCUGAUGGAGACCAGCCAGGAGGAGCUGAAGAGCAGACAAACCGAGGAGUGGAGUCACUGGAUCACCCGCUAUAGGAAGCGUCUGGCUCGGGAGCUGGAAGGCCAGAGCGAUGUGCUGGCUGUGCAGGAGGAGAGGGUGAGGGUGAUGGACAGCACCAACCCUCGCGUGGUACUCAGAAACUACAUCGCCCAGAAUGCAAUUGAGGCUGCGGAAAAUGGAGACUUCUCCGAGGUCCAGCGAGUCCUCAAGGUUCUAGAGAAGCCUUUCUGUUCACAGCCAGGUCUGGAGUUUCCUGCAUGGUUGGGCGGAGGCGAGGCCGCCAAACAGGGAGAGAGGGACGAAGGAGAGGAGGCACAGCAAGAGGCUGCACCUCCAUCUACAGCCAGGGCUCCUGUUCCCUAUGACGGCAAGCCUCCAGCUUGGGCCAAUGAAAUCUGUGUCACAUGAUCUUCAUAAUAACUUCCUUGACUGAUAGAUUUCCUGCCUGAAGUGAUAAGAGAGUUUAUUGGUCUCACCUUUUAUGUCUGUCCCCUCUCUCCCAGUCACUGUACAACUCUCUAUUACCUUGGCAGGCAGCAUCAUGGAAGUUAGCAUGAGGUGCAACACCCCAUAGGCUAUCCAGGUGAACCAAAGCAGACAGGGAUGAAGCUGAGUUUGUUUGCGCACAUACAUCAAACUACAAUGCCCCAGAAUGUAAGAUGCAUUAAGUGGAAAAAGAAGGGAAAACAUCCAGUUUAUGAAAGAUAUCUGGUACACAAGAAAAGAUGCACCAAAAUGCACCUAAAGAAAUUUAGGACAAGACUUAACUUUACAAAAAAAACCAAACAAACAAACAAACAAAAAGCCUCUCAGCUUGUUCCACGUCUGCUCUGCGUUUGGCCAGCUAUUAAUGACGACUCAGACAACAAGUCCUGCAUUGACCAGUCUGAUUCUGAGAAACUGUGGGUGGGAUGUCACCUCUACAUGUACCAAAUAAUGUGUGUGUGUGUGUGUGUGUAAGAGAGAGAGAGAGAGAUAUCAUGUUGUGAUAAGCCGCAGUAGAUAAACACGCACAAUAUUCAAAACAUCUGCAAUUCUCCUGUGAUAGCAAACCACUUUAUAGACACUGAGCUGCAAACAUAAUUUACCAUUUUUGUCAUUUAAUAUGAUCAGUAGGCAUUGAAACAAAACUGCAGUGGCGUUUAAUGUUGACAAAAUGAAAAAUGGGAACUGUGUGUUAUAUUUGGCUGUUUUAGUCAGGACCAUGCAAACUUGCAAGGGGAAGUUUAUUGUAGAUUGUGCCACAAAUGUGAUGAUAACAAACCAUGAUUUGGUAAAAAGGGAAAAAAAAACAAAAAAACAUCAUCAUGAUCAUCAUUCAUAAAUCAGUUUGAACUGUGGUACCUCAGCACAGGGUCAACCUGUUGGUUUAUCAAAUAAGUUCUGAUUAGUUUAAAUUAAGCCAUUAAAGCUUAACUUGCACACAAAGUAAUGACAGAAAUGAACAUGAAAUCAGACUGUUUUACAAGCUUUAUUUUUCACUACUAAAUAUGAAUUUAUAUGAUAGGACUCUUCUUCAUUUGUAGCCUUAAUACAUCCUAAUAAACUGAGUAGUCU